AAGUGCUGCAGCAGCUGUAAAAAAAACGACAUCACGGCAACGACCAACAGCGAACGAUCCUUCACUUUUCUCCAUCGCAGUCCAUCAUGGCGGCUUUCGUAGGAAGAAUUUGUGGAUCCGGUAUAUUGUGCACGAAAAAUGGAAUUACCUUGCAGAAGGUACAACAAUUCUCUACAAGCCGUGCCUGGACGAGAAGUCAAAAGUUAGCAACCGCUGCCGGGAUCGUAGUUGGAGGGGCCGGUGCAUUGCUAUACGCCCUCGAACAGUCGGUAGCUGCUUCGGGAACGGAGGUGCAUCCACCGGAGCAGCCUUGGAGUCAUAAGGGUUUGUUCAAUUCGCUAGACUAUGCAUCGGUAAGACGUGGUUAUGAAGUGUACAAGCAGGUGUGUGCCGCUUGCCAUUCAAUGCAUUUCAUUGCCUACCGCAACUUAGUUGGUGUUUCGCAUACCGAAGCGGAAGCCAAAGCUGAAGCUGCUGAGAUUCAGGUUCGGGACGGUCCCGAUGAGGCUGGCAACUAUUUUAUGCGACCGGGUAAGCUGUCUGAUUACUUCCCGAGUCCUUAUCCCAACGAAGAAGCGGCUCGUGCUGCUAACAAUGGAGCCUAUCCUCCUGAUCUAAGCUAUAUAGCCCUGGCUCGCCACGGUGGAGAGGAUUAUCUUUUUGCCCUGUUGACAGGCUACGUUGACGCCCCGGCUGGUGUUGUGCUCCGUGAAGGGCAAUACUACAAUCCCUACUUCCCGGGAGGUGCCAUAUCGAUGGCUCAAGCUCUGUAUAGCGAGGCUGCCGAAUACAGCGACGGAACGCCGGCAUCCGCCAGUCAGCUUGCUAAAGAUGUGUCCGUGUUUUUGGUAUGGGCUUCAGACCCGUUCCACGAUGAACGGAAACGUAUGGGCAUAAAAUCGCUCGGCGUUAUGCUAGUCUUAGGCACACUCGCAUACUAUCUCAAGCGACACAAGUGGGCUUCGCUAAAGAGCAGGAAGAUUUCUUUCUAUCCAAAGCAUAAGUAAACAAAAUAAAUAAACGUUAUGGUGGAAGAACAAUUCCCAUAGAAGGUGCUUUACACGCGUAGUCAGAUGAAAAGCGGAAAGAAUGUAUCGUUUUAACUACAAUUACCAAAUAAUGCGAAAAUAUCUAUUGGAAAAUUCCCAUUAAGAACAUCUACUAUUGGAGAACAAAUACUGCUGCUAAUUUAAUAAUUGAACAAUUGAGACUAGACAGAAUGAAGUACAUCAAUAUCAUAAUGCUGCCGAAAAUCUAUGCUAGAGGGUGUAACAUGUGAAGGGUAUCGAUCAGCCCUGGUAUUACCGAAAGUCGGGAAAACGCAAAUAAAGCAAAUCGUUAGUACGAAA